AUGUCAGAAAGAAACUUACUGGCAUCAUUCAAGAAUUGGAACAUCAGUCAAUCAACAUCUGUUCUCCCUCCUGCACACAAUAUCUUAGCUUAUGUCUAUGGUUUUCCAAUCUGGCUUUACUGUGAUGAUACUUCAGGGAAUCACCAUUCAUUCCUGUUCACACCAGCUAGCUUGCCACAUGCUGGAGUGCAUCAGGAAUACAAUGUUCACUUCCUAUGCACAUCUAAUGUUGCACCACCCCUUGAAAUGUUGGAUGGUUUUGUAAAUCAGCUUGAGGCUGCUCAAGAGACAGGUGUAUGGGCAUGGGAUUGUGUACACAAGGAGCAAGUGUUAAUGAUUCCCUCUGUCUUAGCCCUGUUGGGGGACAAUCCAAUGCAAAGGUUGAGGGGAAAAUACUUCUGUCAUGUUCACAAUUCAAUAAUUGAGCUCAAAUCAAUGUUUACAAUGGCAUCUACCAUAGGGAAUCAAACCAAAAUCAAGGAGAAGAUGACAUCAACUGGAUUGAAAGACACAUAUCUUGAAUACUUUAUCAAUGGGAUGGCAGCAUCAUACACUCCUGUGGAGGUGCUGCACACUGUUCUUUUAGGAUUUGUCAAGUAUUUCUGGAGAGAUGUGGUGAACAUCAGGGUUGGCAAGAACAAAAUAAAGCAUGAACUUCUUGAAGCUUGCCUGUCUUCAUUUGAUACAACAGGGCUAGGGAUACCACCCCUGUCUGGUCACACCCUUGUCCAGUAUGCGGGAUCAUUGGUGGGCUGUGACUUUCAUGCAAUAGCACAGGCUGCACCAUUUGUUCUCCAUGGACUUGUUCCACAAGAAUGCUAUGAGGUCUGGGUAGCAUUAUCAAAAAUGAUCCCCCUCAUUUGGAAACCAGAAAUUGAAGAUGUUGAUGCUCACUUGACACAACUUGAAAUUUCAAUUCAAGAAUUUCUUGCUCACACUGCAUGCUGGACACCUUGCUGGUUCAACAAACCCAAAUUUCAUAUAUUGCUCCACCUUCCUGAGCAUAUCCAUCAUUUUGGUCCUGCUGCCUUGUUUGCCACUGAAGGAUUUGAGUCAUUCAAUGCAGUCAUCCAUGCCAAAAGUGUUCACUCAAACUGA